AUGGCAUGGGCCUCCAGCUCAUCCAACUUGUUGCGAAUCGACUGCACGUUAGACAGCAAAACAUUUGCCACUUACUGCAAGUGGACGAAGGGACAGAAGAACCUCUCGGCUGUAGGUGAUCCUGUUGACAAAGUUGCCAGUGCCGUGGAGAUGACCCCAGAAUGUCCACGUUUGGUGCACGAGUACCUGGCUUGCGAGCAGAGCUUCCAGGUCCAGGGAAUGGGGAUGGCACCGAUCACCAGCACCUGUUACAACACCAUAAAUAACGAGUUAGUUGUGGCCAACUCAAACAUUGCGACAACUCUCGGACGAGGAACAGACGUUUUUCAAAAAUCGUUGAACUCCCACGGUCAGCCCGUGUGCUGCGCCAUCUACAACAGUAUUUUCAAACAGGUCGUCUCAGUUUGCCAAAACGGUGUCGUGACGUUGUGGAAAAUCAUAACCGGAAAGGCUGAACUGCAGUUCAGAGUCACUCCGGACCAGCAGGUGGGGCUCGUCGCCGUCUCGUUCGAUGAACCGCAGCGUAGAUUGAUCACAAUUUCGCAGGCCGGGAAAGUGAGACUCUGGAACUUCAACUGCGGAAAAGAGCUCAUGGUUCUCUCUGGUACCAUGCCGAACAAGGUGAUGGGUAUUGUGUGCGUCGAUGACAGAAUUUUUGUGUCUGGACUUAACUCUAGGACCAUUUUCAACAUGGACCUGGAAGACAAAGACCACAGAUACACGAGGCACAAGUACUUGAAAGAUAUUUCCUCGAGGGAUGUGCAUAAAAACAUGCUAAUCACCGCCUCUAGCAAUGGAUAUAUUGUCGUCUGGAAAUUGUGGUCUGUUGAAGCUGCAGAGGCCGCCUUUUGGAUUAAUACCCAAUAGAGUCCUCACACAUACAUGGUGAACAAAAGAGAUCCAGGACAGAGCAGGUGUCUGGCUGUGGAUAUGUGUAAAAGGAAAAUCGCUGGAAACAAACAACGUAGUGAAAUUUCUUGUCAGGCUCCUGAAUACAACCGUUCUCUAAUAUGUCUGAAGACCAGGGAAAUCAGAGUAGACAUAGCCACACUUUUAACUUAUGCAGGCGACUACAUCUACGCCUGGUCUCUUAAAGUCAAGGGAGGUCUGUUAGGGAAGUUCAAGGCAGUGGAAGAUGAAAGUGCCGUCUUUACCACCAUGUCAACUGACGUCGAUGAGCAGAUUUUACUCACCGGGGACAGUCUAGGGAAGGUUAGCCUGUGGGACAUUGAUGGAUUUUGGUCAGGAAAAGAGUCACUCAAAGAGCCAUUUGAGAUUACAAAUGGAUGGAAAGUGUCAUUGUGUCCUCCCCCUUUGCUGGGCUCCUGGAAAGCUCACCUGACAGAGGUAGUGAGUGUGACGUUUGACUCUAAGCGUGAACAUAUAGUCACCGCAGGGUUGGACUGCAAUGUUCGGGUGUGGACGAACUCCGGCUGCUUUAUCGGCCUAUUCGGUAUACACCAAUGGGAUUUGAUGUCUUCCAGCCCUCAAGAGAAUUUUGACCACGAGCUACAAGAAAUUCAAAGUGCGGAAAAGGAAAAGGAUCAAAUACUUGCAGAAACAAAAAGCGUCCAUAAACGGUGGAAACAAGUAUAUGAAGACAUACAAACAAACAUAAAGAGCACUUACCAGAUGCUGAAAGACAAUUGCAAAGAAAAGAGUAAUUUUAGAAUGAUUGAAGAACUCGAAAAGAUAGAAGAAAAGAAUGAAGAAAGACACAGAUCAGACAAGGAGCUUGAACACAAGCUGAAAACAAAGUUCCAAGAUUUAGACAAAUGCGAUACCCUCAGCGAGAGUAUUGAAAAGGCUAGGCCGCCGAUAUCGGACGCUUAA